UUUCCUUUUGCUCCACCCAUCUCAGAGGAAAUAAAUGUCCACUCAAGCCUCCUUUAGUCACUGGGCUACUUUGGUAUCAGAAGACAAGGAGCUCUGCGCUACCCUGAAGCACUUCCUUGCCUUACCUCUGCCCCAAAGUGCCAACCUUCUCAACGGCAGAAGUCAGAGGAAGCAAUGAUGGACCUCCUGCCAUUCUCCAUGGAGACUUGGGCUCUUCUCGCCCUCUUCAUAGGCCUACUGAUGCUGUAAGUAAAUUCUGGCAUUAUUGUUCAAUCCCUCGGAGUAUCAUCUGUGCAAAACUGGGAAUUUCAGCCUUGGCCAACCAGGCUCCAUAGUCUUGGAGGUCCUGUGGGUAAUAAUAAUAAUAAUAAUAAUAAUAAUAAUAAUAAUAAUAAUAAAAUUUAUUUAUAUCCCGCCCUCCCCAGCCGAAGCCGGGCUCAGGGCGGCUAACAACAAUAAAACAGUACAAAAGUACAGCACAAACAACACUCUAAAAUCAUUCAUUAUAAAAUUAAUUAAUUCAAGCCACUGGCAACCAUUGGGCCAGAGCUCUGCGAAGAUUGCCGAGGGAGGGAGUCAGGCUGUGCCCUGGCCAAAGGCCUGGUGGAGCAGCUCCGUCUUGCAGGCCCUGCGGAAAGAUGUCAAGUCCCGCAGGGCCCUGGUCUCUUGUGACAGAGCGUUCCACCAGAUCGGAGCCACGGCCGAAAAAGCCCUGGCUCUAGUUGAGGCCAGCCUAACUUCUCUGUGGCCUGGGACCUUCAAGAUGUUUUUAUUUGAAGACCGUAAGUUUCUCUGUGGGGCAUACCAGGAGAGGCGGUCCCGUAGGUACGAGGGUCCUAGGCCGUAUAGGGCUUUAAAGGUUAAAACCAGCACCUUAAACCUGAUCCUGUACUCCACCGGGAGCCAGUGCAGCUGGUAUAGCACCGGGUGAAUGUGAUCUCGCAGCGAAGACCCCGUAAGGAGUCUCGCUGCAGCAUUCUGCACCCGCUGGAGUUUCUGGGUCAGUCUCAAGGGCAGCCCCACGUAGAGCGAGUUACAAUAAUCCAGUCUGGAGGUGACCAUCGUGUGGAUCACAGUGGCUAGGUCAGGGCGAGAGAGGUAAGGAGCCAACUGCUUAGCUUGGCGGAGAUGGAAAAAUGCCGCCUUUGUUGUAGCUGCAAUCUGCGCCUCCAUGGAAAGGGAGGUGUCGAAGAUUACACCCAAACUCUUAACGGACGGUGCUGGCACUAACUGCGCCCCCGCAAGAGAUGGGAGUUGCCCCCCAACCCCAUAUUGUCCCGUCCCAGCCACAGGACCUCUGUCUUCGAAGGAUUUAGCUUCAACCGGCUCCCACGUAACCAUCCAGCCACAGCUUCCAAACAUCUGGUCAGUGUGUCUGGGGCCAAGUCAGGAUGGCCAUCCAUCAACAGAUAGAGUUGGGUGUCAUCAGCAUACUGAUGGCAACCCAGCCCAAAACUCCGGACAAGCUGGGCGAGGGGGCACAUAAAGAUGUUGAAAAGCAUCGGGGAGAGUAUCACACCCUGAGGUACUCCACACACCAAGGAGUGGCACGAUGACAAUUCCCCCCCCAAGCGCCACCCUCUGUCCCUGACCAGAGAGAAACGAGCGCAGCCAUUGAAGGACUGUGCCCUGGAUCCCCACGUCGGCAAGACGGUGGUCCAGAAGUUCGUGAUCGACCACGUCGAAAGCUGCUGACAGAUCUAGAAGAAUCAGCAGCCCCGACCCGCCUCGAUCCAGGCUCCGUCACGGGUACCCCGCCAUACUCGCUCUAGCCGUCUGAGUUCCCGCUUCAUUUUCCGGAGCUCCUCGGUAAACCAGGGAGCCCGGUUUCUGCGGGGUCGCAGAGGGCGCUUAGGUGCGAUCUCAUCGAUGGCUGCCAGGAGCUGGAUAUUCCUCUCUCGCCCUUCCUCCCUUGUGAGUCCACCUCCUCACUGCCUUUAUCAGCAGGUGCCAUUUCUGGUUCUGGUGCAGCAUCCUGGGAACUAUAGUUUCUGGUGCAGAAUCCUGGGAACUGUAGUUUACAACUGCCAGAAGAACCCUCUAGUCCAGCAUCCUGGUUGGUGGCCAACCAGAUGCCCAUUAUGGGAACCACACAGACAGGGUUUGAGAGGUGGGAGAACCACUCUCACCCCCCUGUGGCUUCCAGCAACUGCCAUUCAACUUAAGCUUGAUGGGAAAUGUAGCUUUGUGAGGUCCGCAUCCCUAACACACUACAGUUCCCAGAACUCUUCAUGAUGCACGGUGCAGGUGUGAGCAGCUGCACAUCUACUGACCCUCAUGGGCAGGUAAAACAAACAAGCAGGUUUGCUGUUGAAGUACCAACAGCAGGGAUCAUUCAGUUAGUAGCCUAAGGGUUAGUUGUUAGAGGUGGGAGGUGUUGCCUAGCAAGCUGUCAGGCUACUGGCUGAGGCUACUCGUGCUCUGAUUGGCUGUGUAAUUCUGAGGGAGUUUCCCCCUGUAUGCUUAGUUGAACAAGGCCUGUACAUGGACAAUGCCUGUAAAUAAUAAUAAAAACCCCCACUCUGUUUAUUUUAUAUGCUGCUUUUCUUCCAUUUACCUCAGUAAAGUAUGAUCAGCUUCUUUUCUCUCUCGAUUCCACUUCCAUUAUUCAAGUGACUCUGUUAACAUACUAAAGGUGACUUGCAGUCACCAGGACUAGAAACCUGAGAAAUUUCAUCUUUGCGAAUUUUACUAUGGAACAAUAUGGUCUGCAUCUCCCAGGCUAAUGUGCAGUUCAGAACUUCCUUUUACACUCCCCAAACAUUCUGAAGCAGUCCUUAGCUAUGGAAGCAGAGCAAAAUGCAUUUAAAAAUGUGCAUUUUGAGAGAAAAUACAUUUUGGGCUAUUUAUGUGUUGAACCGCAGCUAGCUGGGGCUGAUAGGAGUUGCAGCCCCAAACAUUUGGAGGUGAUGUACAUUGUUUUUUUCCUCUCUCUCUAUCUCAUUAGCUUUGUAAAGCAAAGGUAUUAAUGAAUGUUUACUUACCUGUGUGUUCCCCCCUGAGACAAAUGGCGUAUAAGUUGUGUUCUGUAUUCAUAAUUUAAAAAGAAAAGAAACAUGUGGGGUUUUUUUUUAAUAGAGUAAAUACAUAAAUGUGCAUUGUGGGAGAGAGAAAUGAUUCAAGGCUUACAUUUAAAUGCAAAUUCUUUUGCAGAGUUUCUUUCAAAAAUAGCAGAUUAACGGGUGCAGUGGUAAGGUUUAUUUUGGGGGGUCUGCCCUGCACCCCCUAGGCAAGACUGCCACCCCUUCAGCAGUGCCAGAGUAAAAUCCAGCUGCCAGUCUACUUGGAACGGGGUGAAGGGCACCAUCUUGUUUUUCGCCUCAGGCAGCAAAAUGUCUUUGUCUGGCCCUGCGUAAAUGAACUCUCACAUCCAGGCAACAUGGGACACAUUCUCCCCAGACAUUUAAAGUUCUGUGACCCCACUUUAAACAGCCGUGGCUUCCCCCGAAGAAUCCUGGGAGUUGUAGUUUGUUGAGGGUGCUGAGAGUUGUUAGGAGACCCCCUUAUUCCCAUUGCAGUGUUAUAAUUCCCAAAGUGAAGGAGGGUUGAUUGCUAAACCACUCUGGGAUCGCCAGUUCUGCAAGGGGAAUAGGGGGGUCUCCUAACAGCACCCUUCACACACUACAACUCCCAGAAUUAUUCGGGGGGAAGCCAUGGCUGCUUAAAGCAGUGUCACAGAGCUUUCAAUGCAAGCUGCAAAUGUGUCCUGAAUGAACUUUGCCUGAACAACAAAAAGUGGUACGUGGUUGGCCAGGAGCGUGAGCAAAAACUUGGAGCGAUACCCUUUAAAAAAAAAAAGAAAUUGGGUUUUGUUUUUUUAAGCAACUUAAAACAAGGAAGAAGAAAAACCAUAAUCCCGAAAUGAAAAACUUCUUUGAAGAAAACCCAGUUCAGGCUGUAACUCCCAGCUCCGCUUUGAUUCCUCAGCAAUAAAUAUGUGUAAGCAGCAUUUUUCUCCUGUGCUUCCUCCUCCUCCUCCUCCUCCUCCUCCUCUGUUUUUCUGCCUCUUCGCCUUGAGCUGGCAAUGAGCUAUGAGCCCAGAAAGAGAAGCUUUGCUUUUUUUUAAAAAAAAAAAGGGAAAAAAUAUCUAUUUUAUUUUAUUUUGCUAAAGCCUUUAAGGACCCCUUUCCGCUGGGGCACCUUUUUCCUUUAUGAAAUGAUUGCUUUUACCUCAGGGUUAUCUCUCUCUGAAGAUUUCCGCCGAAGCAGCAGGCACCCAGCCUUUUAUCAACGGGGGCGCUUAUUAAACAGCCUUACAAAGUAGUGAUUGCCAGAGUCGGGGAGGGCAGGAUCCGCCCCCCUCCUCCUUCCCAGAGUAAAUGCUUAAUUCCUGAGUUAACAUUAACAACUUGAGCGCCUCCGGGAAGGGUUUUGAAGAUCUAUCAUCCGAACAUUGUGUUCUAUUUAUUAAGGGAUGGAGAGAGAGCGGCCGUUUUUAACAGCUAAGCUAAUUUCAUUUAAACAGAACAUAACUUUCUUUCUUUUUAUCAGCAGCAACCAGAAGUCUGGUUUUGUCUUCCACCUCAGCGGCACAAUGGCCUCCUUCCAAAAUGGAGGCCCUCAUGCGUUACCCUCUCUGCCUGCUCUGCCCCGCUGUCUGUCGCUCUGAAUCAUUAGCAGAGAGUGGAAAUGGCAAAUAAGUCACAUUCCCUCCAGAUAUUUAAAGCACCAUGAUACCACUUUAAGCAUUUACAGCUUCCCCCAAGGAAUUCUGGGAGCUGUAGUAUGUUAAGGGUGCAGGUGUUUGUUAGGAGGCCCCUAUUCCACCUCACAGAACUACAUUUCCCAGAGUCAAUCCCACUUUCCACGAAACCAGGGAUUGUAGCUUCCUAACAACGUGCCGCUCCCUCAACAAACUACAGUUCCCAGAAUUCUUUGCAGGGAAGCCAUGACUGUUUCACGUGGUGUCAUAGGUUUUUUAAUGUGUGUCAUGAAUGUCUUCUUCCAUGUUUCUCAACAAGGGGGGCGGGCUCCCCACACUCUCACGGACCCAACUACCCACAGACACAAUCAGGCAUUUACCUGGUGGUAUUGCAACCUAUCCGUCACUAACUCCUUUAUUUCCUCAAAUGUUUUUAAUUUUAACUGACUUCCUACCUCUGUCAAUAAAUCUUUCUAUGUGGCCCACUCUCCUUUCAUAUUUAACUGUUUUUACUGCUAUUGCUUCCAUUAGAGAGAGCCACCAAGGAGUUUUACGUUCCAAUAAAUUUUUAUAUCUAUUCCACACACACACCUCAUAAAUUGAUUUUCUUCUUGUGUGAUUCAGGAAUCCUUUAUGCACUUUUAUUUUAUCAUACCAUAAAUAUGCGUGCCAUCCAUAUCGAUUAUCAUAACCUUCCAAAUCCAGUAAAUCUGUAUUCUCUAACAAAAUCCAAUCCCUCAACCGACAUAGACAGGACACUUCAUAAUAUAGUCUCAAAUCUGGCAGGGAGAAAUCAGGCAGACAUACUGUUUUCUGGCUGAGGGUUAUGGGAGUUGGAGUCCAGAAUAUCUGGAGGCAGGGUUGCCAUACGUCCGGAAUUUUGCGGACACAACUGGGAUUCGGCAGUCGGAAGCAGUGUGCUGGUGGAACUCACUGAAAUGUCUGGGGAAAUCUGGAUGUAUGUGGAAGAACCUGGCAGUGUGAGUCAGCUCUUAGUUGGAUAGAAAAGGAUAGCGGUGCACAUGUCAAGCACAGUUGCUAAGAACAGCCAACACUGCCCCAACUUUAGAUUUGUGCACAGUGGUAGAACUUGCAGCAGUCAAAAACAGUAAAACUGAGCGGGUUAAAAGGCUUAACCAUUCCUUCUUCCAAAGUCCUAUCUGUAUCAGAGAUCAUAACUAUUUUAUCAAGCUUUAGAAACUUUGAGGAAGGGGCUUGGCUCAGUAGUAGAGCACAUCCUUUACAUGUGCAAAUGGUCCUAGGUCCUUAAGGUAAUUACGUCACAUUUCCAGAGCGGAUAUACAAAGGCUCCCUGGAAAACUGCUGCCAUUGUGUACAAUAGUGAGCAAAGGGAACCAGUGGCCUCUCGGUGAUGGAAGGCAGUUUUCUAAGUUCUUAAUAAAUCAGCAGAGAGUUCAGGGGCCCCAGACCAGAGGAACAGACUUCCACUGGGGUCUUGUUUCAGGGGGUUCAUUGGGAGAGGGCUAGUUGUUAUUAAUUAUUUUGUAUCUUUAUUUUUAUCUCUUUUUUUUAGAUUUAUGUGAAAAAUGUCCAAUUUGGUUGUUUACAUUUUGAUGAGUUUUAUUUAUUGUUUGACUACUUUUGUUAUGUUUGUAAUUAUGCUUGUGGGCUUUGAACUAUGAAUAUUCUUGCACAGACACACAAACACACGCACUGCCAAUUCAUCCUGCAGUUGUUAAGUGAUGUAUUUGCACCAAACUUUAGUGUCUGAAUAGCCUUCUUUUCCUCAUGCACCUGCCCUGUUACUAGGAUCAUCGAUGCUGCAAAGCAACACCCCACUCUUCCUUUUGUUUUUACCAAAGCAUAAUGGAUCUCCCUCAUUGCUUUUCAGAUAUGGCAUUUGGCCCUAUGGCGUCUUCAAGAAACUGGGCAUCCCAGGACCACAGCCAAUCCCUUUCUUGGGCACUGCAGGCGCCUAUCGCAAAGUAAGCUCACAAAGGAAGACCAUUUCAUUAGCUGAGGGGCAUUGAGAUAAAGUGGUCUCCUGGUUCUCAAAAAGAAAAGGAAAAAAACCACACCAAUUUAAAAUACAGGUUAAAAUGCAAUUUAAAAUGCAGCCUCAUUUUAAAAGUAGCCGAUAGAUCAAGACCAUAAGGGGAAGGAAAUAUAAGGGUCAGACUGAGUCCAAACCAAAGGCCAGGCGGAACAGCUCUGUUUUGCAGGCCCUGAGGAAAUGUGUCAAGUCCCGCAGGGCCCUAGUCUCUUGUGACAGAGCGUUCCACCAAGUUGGGGCCAGUACUGAAAAGGCCCUGGCCCUAGUUGAGACCAACCUAACCACCUUGCGACCUGGGACCUCCAAAGUGUUAUUUGUGGACCUUAAGGUCCUCCACGGGGCAUACCAGGAAAGGCGGUCCCGUAGGUACGUGGGUCCUAGGCCGCAGAGGGAUAUGAUUCUGUCUCGCCACAGGUGAGCAAUUACUUAAAGAUUGGCAUUAUUUACAGAAUGUUGUGCCAUUACGGACGCUGUGUCUGGAAAACGUGAUGCUAUGCCAUGGUUUGUUAAAUAAAUUACAAGUCAUCUCACAGAUGAGCAAAGGGCCUCAUUUCUCCCAAUCUUGGUUUUGUUUUGCAGCUGCUCUUGCCUCAGGCCUCUGUAGCGUAGAAAGCAUGGUUAGUUGGCUGGGUUGGGACAAAGCACACUUUGGCUAAACAAAUUACGGCUUUGCAUUGUGGGGGAAACCAGGCUUAAGCUGAAUUUAACUCUGUAUUAAAAUAUCCAUUACAGGGAGUAACGGAGUUUGACAGAAAAUGUUUUCAAAAAUAUGGAAGAAUGUGGGGGUGAGUAUGCCUUUUCUUCUUCUUUCCUUAAGCUGGGAAAUUCAGUCAACUUGUAGAGUGAUUGGUUAACAUUUGGGAAGAGAAACUUUUAGUUGGUGGAGCUACAGACAUGAAGUUGCAUUUGAUUAUCACUGGAUUGCUAUUUUGGUUCUGGUGUGUUUUGAAAUGAAGAAGAGAAAGUUAAAGGUGGUCCUCCUUUCCAGAAGCAACCUUAGUUUAUUAAAUUAUAAUCUAUUUCAUGCUUUCCUGAAUAAACUCUGGCAGACGCAGAAAUAUCGAGGUCUGAGUAAAGUAGAUAUUUAUUUAAACGCAACCAGGUGAAGGUGUGUUUGUCUUGUUCCUGCCUCCUGUGUGGUGAAUUAAUUGUGGCAGGUCAGGAUUGCUGCCCCUGCGUUAAUGGAGAAAAUUGGUCCCUUAAACUCUAAAAAGCACGCUUUGUUUGUAUUUUGCAAAGAUUUUUAUUUUUUUAAUUGAAAAGCAAAAAACCCAAAACAAAUCCCAAGAACAGCAGUCCUGCUUCCUUUCAGUUUUACCCAACCUGAAAGCAUAGCUCAGCUCCAAUCAUACAGUAGAGAGAAUCUGAAAGUUGCUGGUGUCAAUAUAAAGAAAAAUGUUUAAGUGUGUGUUCAUAUUUACUGCUGUGCCUGACCACUCCUGUUCCUAACUGCAAAGCACUUACUGACUGGUGGUGCCAACUUUGGAGAGGUGGCAGGAUAUAAAUACAGUGGUACCUUGGUUCUCAAACUUAAUCCUUUCCGGAAAUUCAUUCCAAAACCAAAGCGUUCCAAAACCAAGGUGCAGUUUCUCAUAGAAAGUAAUGCAAAAUGGAUUAAUCCAUUCCAGACUUUUAAAAACAACCCCUAAAACAGCAAUUUAACAUGAAUUUUACUAUCCGGUGAGACCAUUGAUCCAAAAAAGGAAAGCAAUAAACAAUGUACUGCAGUCACACAAUCAAUCAAUCAAUCAAUCAAUCAAUCAGUAGCUGAACUGGGUUCCACACAGUCACAAAAGAAAAAAGAGCCACAAAAAUACAAACACAAAAUAAACAGCAAAAACAGACGGACGGAAGUGCGGCACUCAAACUGGAAGCGUUACACUCAAAACGGAGCACGUUCGGCUUCUGAAAAAAGUUCGCAAACUGGAACACUUAUUUCUGGGUUUGCAGUGUUUGGGUUCCAAGUUGUUUGAGUACCAAGGAGUUUGAGAACCAAGGAACCACUGUAAAAGGAUUAACUGAUAGGCUGAUUGCAAAGCAACUUAUUCUGGGGCUGUGGUUUGAGGGAUCAAGUGGUUUCUAAAGAUGACAGAAGUUGGACAACCAUGCCUUAAAACCAGCCAGGAAGUGCAUGGCACAGUCCAGUCACACUGGGGCAGUCCAUAAUUUCCGAUCUUGCCAGCUUACUCAGAGGAGUGUUUGUCCUAGGUUUUAUGAUGGCCGGUGGCCUGUGUUGGCUGUUACGGAUCCAGCCAUCAUCAAAGUUGUCCUGGUGAAAGAGUGCUACUCUGUCUUCACCAAUCGCCGGGUAAGUCCCUAUUUUCAGUCACUUUCUGAAGGGGCCCUUUAAGACCCAACAGGGCCUCAUGUCCCAGGAAACAAAGCUAAGAGGCAACUGUAAGAGGGACCUGAAACAAAAAGGUUGCAGUGUUAUCGCUACCGCCUUGAGCAUUUUGUUGCUAUAUUGGCUCACGGUUCCUUGUCGGGGGCCAUUUGAGGGGUUUAAAUAUAUGUUUAUUUUAAUAUACAAAUGCCUACAUUUAUGCAAACCUGGGAAGAGCCCCCCUCCCCUAAAAAAAUGCACAUAAAGAAGCUACAACUUAAUUUUGGGGUGGUUAUGUUUCGUUUCUAGGUAUGUAGCUCCACGAUAGAGCCUCUGCUUUGCAUGCAGAAUAUUCUGUGUUCAAUCAUAGGAUCAUAGAACCUUGAGUUGGGAGGGACCCUGCAGGUCAUCUAGUCCAACCCCCUGCAAUGCAGGAAUCUCAAUGAGAUCAUACAUGACAGGUGGCCGUCCAACCUCUGCUUAAAAACCUCCAGCGAAGGAGAGUCCACAACCUCCUGAGGGAGACCAUUCCAGUGUUGAAGAACCCUUGCUAUCACAAUGUUUUUCCUGACGUUGAGUCAGAAACUCCUUUCUUGGUUUAAGUUCUACACUCCAGAGCAGCAGAAAACAAGUUGGGGCCAUCUUCCAUGUGACAGCCCUUCAGAUAUUUGAAGACAGCUAUCAAAUCUCCUCUCCUCCUUACUACACUCAACAUACCCAAUUCCCUCAACUGUUCUUCAUAAAGUCUCGUUUCCAGACCCAUGAUCUGUUAGGAUUCAAGCCUUUAUCAGGAGAAACUGGCCACUCUCCAGGCACCCGGCUUGAUCUCCUGUUGACCUCCCUGUCUGCAUUCCCCAGCAGGCUCCAGGCAGAGGUCGCGAUAGGCGAUCCUUCUCAGAGUGAGAAGAACACACCCCCUCUUUCCUGCCCCCCCCCCAGGCAGGGGACCGAGAUAGACAGAAACGUAUUUACAUUCCUUUAUUUCUGUCUUUGCAGCGUUACAAAAAUCAUGACUGCUCUCUUCAAGCUCCAGCAGUCGAGAGACAAACUCCUCCUGUACUUCCUGUACAGCUCAUAUUACACUCUGAGCUAAUUCCGGUGCCCUCUGCACUGUGAAUUGACUGUCCCUCUGUUUCCCACGGAACAGUCCCAACAUUCCCAUUAUGUUUUGCUUUCAAGCUACCAGCUCGCGGCCGCAUUGCUUCUAUAUCGUAACAUGAUCAUCUCUCCUUCUCUCCCUUUUUUUUUGAACCUCCUGACAGAUGUUCGGUCCAACAGGCAAGCUGAAAUCAGCUGUUUCAGUAGCUUCAGAUGACCAGUGGAAGAGGAUUCGCACUGUGCUCUCCCCCACUUUCACCAGUGGGAAGCUCAAGGAGGUAAGAGCUGGGACUGAGCUUGCAAUAAAUGCUUAAAAGACCUGACAGUAUUUCCUGCAAUGCCCAGUCCAAGUCCCUGACCAGGAAUGGCUUAGCCAGCAAAAACAUGUUAAUAAAGUGUUCUGGCCAGUAUAUUCUCCUAUCCCUUUCUAAAUGUUGCGAAUGAUCUAGUCUUUAUUGCGCAAAAAGCAUUUCCCUUGAGAAUCUCGGCGGUAAUUCUUUCAUCAGAGAAGCCUAAUUAAAAGUGCUGGUUUUGACCUUUAGGAUACACCCAAAACUGUGUGGAGGACAAUGUGGAUUGGUAUAUGUCAUCCCUUCAAUGUGUGAAUGCCCAUUGGUUGGAAUUACAAGUGUCACUGUUGUGCUUGAGUCCUGCUUGCGGGUUCCCACCGGGGCAUCUGGUUGGCCGCUGUGAGAGCAGGAUGCUGGGCUCAGAUGAGCCCCUUUUGGCCUGAUCCGGCACCCAGACUAUUCUUAGGUUAUUGCAUGUGGACUAGGAGCCGCUGCUCUCCGGCCCUGCCAACCCCCCACCCCUUUGCUUACUCCCAUCCCACACAGUUCCCCAUCCCCUCACAGGUCCUCAUUGUUCCUCCAUCCCUGCUUUAUUCAAACUUCCGCUGUUGUUCAAAACUGCCACUUUAAAACCUCCCCUUCUUUUUUGUUGCCCUCCCUUCCCCUGGCCUGCCUUCAUGCAAAACCAGGGUUGUGAUGGGGACACUACAAAUCCUCCAGUGGGGAUUGUGUGAUGACAACCCUACAUUUUAAUGCAUAUAGGAAGAUAUACACUAGGCUGCUUCUAAGGUGAACUUGAAGAGAUUGGGAGAGUUAGGAAGCAACAAGUCUGCAGUCAGGGAGGGAGUUUCAGUUUGGUUUCCUUAAUACAGGGCGUACUUUUGUUUUUGGGGUGCCUUUUGAUGUUAUUGGGAUGCGGGUGGCGCUGUGGGUUAAACCGCAGAGCCUAGGGCUUGCUGAUCAGAAGGUUAGCGGUUCGAAUCCCCGCAACGGGGUGAGCUCCCGUUGCUCAGUCCCAGCUCCUGCCCACCUAGCAGUUCGAAAGCACGAAGUGCAAGUAGAUAAAUAGGUACUGCUCUGGCGGGAAGGUAAACAGCGUUUCUGUGCGCUGCUCUGGUUUGCCAGAAGCGGCUUAGUCAUGCUGGCCACAUGACCCGGAAGCUUUAUGCCGGCUCCCUCGGCCAGUAAAGCGAGAUGAGCGCUGCAACCCCAGAGUCGUGCGCGACUGGACCUAACGGUCAGGGGUCCCUUUACCUUUAUCUUGAUGCUAUUGCAAGCAGCAGUGGUUGGAGGACCAGGCAGGAUAUAAAUGACCACCUUUCUGCUUUGUGUUGCCCUGUGCCCCCUUCUCUCCCCUCCUCACCCUGUUGCCGCCACCUAAGAUGUUUCCUAUCAUCAAGCACCACGUGGACAGCCUAGUGAAAAGUAUUCAAGGCAAAGUGGAGAGGGCGGAGCCUGUGGACAUCAAAGAGUGAGUAGCUGCCCAAUAUGGAAAGUCAUGGGGGGAGGGGAAAGCAAGAUUUAGUGUGGCUGAGACUGGAGAUGGUGGAAUAGUCUUGGGCAGGGGGAGACAGUGGCAUUCCUGGCUUCCCUUGAGCCGAACAGGUGGAAUUCCCUUCCAAGAGAGAUUAGGCUGGCUCGCUCCUUGCUAUCCUUCCACUAGCAGGCUAAGACCUCUUUCUUUGGGCUGAAACUUGCAAGCUGCUUGCACAGUACUCAGUAUAUAAUUAAAGAUGCUCUUGACAACUUGGAGAGUCAAGACCUGCCCCUGCCCCCUGGAGGGGGCCAGGCAGAUCUGAGGAUUUGGCAGUCCUAGGCCAGAGACACAGCAAAUACCCUCCCAUGCAAAAACCCCCCCCCAAAACCUCACCCCUCCUGAUUUUCACCGAAUAGGGCAAAUUCAACCCACUUGUUCCAGGCUUUCUUCUUCUUCCUGAUUUCUGUCCUGUGUUUUAUUUUAUUUUUUGUCUGUUUAGGAAAUUUGGGGCAUACAGCAUGGAUGUGGUGACCAGCACUUCCUUUGGGGUGAACACGGAUUCCAUGAACAACCCCAAAGACCCCUUUGUCAGGGAGGCGAGCAAGCUGGUGCGGUUUGACCUGUUCUCCCCAGUCUUCGUUUUAUUAUGUACGUUACUUCUACUGCAUAUAAAUAUAAAUAUCCCUGCUGCUCCCAGAGGCCAGAGUCUCAGGGCUUAUCUCCCAGAGCUUUUUGGGGGCACCACACUUUCCAGGCAAAGCUCCAUGCUUUAAAAUUCUGUGCCCAAAAUAUUUUUUAUUUUGUCUUGGUGCUUUCCCCAGGAAAACCCAAUUGCCAUUUGCUCUGAUCUUGCAUUUAAACACAGGUUUUCCCAGGGGAAACACCAGGACAGAAACACACAAGUGCUUGGACACAGAGCUUUAAAGCCUGGCCCUGUCCCUAAAAAUGCAGCACAAAAUGAGGUCUGGAUGAGCCCUUAAACCAGUUGCCCUGCAUAUGCUGAUUUGAUUUGAUUGACAUCCUGGGAUUGGGGCUGGAGAGUCACUGGCCUGGUUCAAGCGAGGAGCUGGGCUGGAGACAGUCUCAUGCAUUCAUGGUGGCCAGGGCAGGCUGUGGACCGGUUUCCCCCUGAGACAAGACAUGCUCUGGCAGGGUGGAAGGAGACCAGUGGCAACAAAGCUGCUCUGCGGUGGAAAAAACCCUUUUGGAUGGGAGUCUUGGCCAAGAGAGGGUGUUCCGUGAGGUGCUGCUGCUGUUCUCCUUGGCUUUGGAUGAGUCUUCAGCUUACCAAAACCCAAGUUGGCAGUUGCCACCACCACCAAGGCUGAAGAGGGGUGGCAGCUGGAAGGAAAGGGUUGGAGGUGGGGUUUUGGUGGUGGAAUCAGGGUCUCUCGCCCCCUGUGGAACAUGCUGCCCAAGGCAGGUCGCUUCAGGAUGCCUCAGUGGUGUGCCGGCCGGCCGGGAGAACCCCUCCAGCACAUCCCUGGACCCUUGUGAUGCUGGGAUGCCAAGCCCUGCUGUCUCCCUUCUAAAGGGUUUUCUGACUGCACAAUCCAAGCCUUCUGUGCAUAUGAGUACCUCCUCAACUGUGAGGCUUAGAAAAUGGGGUCUUGCAUGCUGGGAUAAUGCUGCCGCUGCUUCCUAAGGCUUCUUCUUUGCUCUCUCUCCCCUCCAACCAGAUUUCUUUCCAUUCCUAAGUCCCGUUCUGGACAAGAUGAACUUCCAUAUCUUCCCCAGCAGUGCUGUGAACUUCUUUGCCAGGGCAAUCGCGAACAUCAAGAAGGAACGGGAGCAAGCGAAAGGAAAGGUAAAAAACAACAACAAAAAAUCCUCAGUUAGUUAACCUAGAUGAGGGGGAAAAAUCAUUUUAGAUUUUUUAGAUGGGGGGGGGAGUGCAUUGGUGAGUCCUGACACUCUGAUGUGACUGGUUAAUUUUCUGAGUUGUUGUUUUUUAAAAAAAAGAUUCGUUUAUAGAAGAAUUUUAAAAAGAUUGGAGACUGACUUAAAAAAAUUAAAUUCUAGUAUUUGUAUACCGCCCUAUACCUGGAGGUCUUAGGGCAGUUCACAGAAUAAAAUCAAAAUAUAAAACCACAAAAUACACAAUCAAAAUAAAAACAACAACCCAAUAACCCCCCCCCAAAAAAAACCCCACACCACACACACUCAUUUUAGAAUGGCAUAGGAUCCUCACAACAUUUAAAACAAGACAAUUAACAAACCUGGACAGGAGCCACUUAUUGGAAAGACCGUGAUCUCAGAAAUGUCUGUGGCAAUAUUGACUGGCAACCAACUUGGCCAGGUGCCUUUCUGAUGCAAAAACAAAAAAUAAGAGGGGGAAGGGGGAGCUAUCCAGUCCGACCCACCCCCAUUCAAAUUGCAUUGCUUAUAAGGGCAAGCCCUCAUGCCGGGAUAGCUCAGUUGGUUAGAGCAAGGCACUGAGAAUGCCAAGGUUGCAGGUUCGAUCCCCGUAUGGGACAGCUGCAUAUUCCUGCCUUGAAGGGGGUUGGACUAGAUGAUCCCCGAGUUCCAAUGAUUCUAAGAUUCUGUGGUUAUUUUUGUUCCCAGGGCAGAGUGGAUUUCCUACAGCUGAUGAUCGACUCCCAAAAGUCAGAUGUGCAAUUCGAGAGCAAUGGUGUGAACCACAACUAUAAAGGUAGCAUGUGCUGUAAAAAGAGUGUCUGAAGUCUGUGCAUGUGCAAUGGGGGCUGUUGCAUAUCAACUUUUCCCUUUUCUUGCGAGGAAACCUAUUCGGAAUAAGGGAAUUUCCCUUAAAGAAAAGGAAACGUUGACAGCGAUGGGUUGUUGUGGUGUUUAAAUGGGGAGGGGACACAUGUAUGACCCCUUGAGCUCCUUGGGAAGAAAAAGGCGGGAUAGAAACCAAAUACAUAACAAAUAAAUAAAACCAGGCGCACAAACUCUAAACAUUGGAAGGAGUUUGGCAGCCACACCCAUCCUGUGAGGGAGAAACGAAUUUGAGCCUCAGGCUCUGUGUAGCUUUUGCAUUCGUCACCGUAAAUUUUAUUUCACAAUAAUAACAGCAACAACUUCUAUUCCAUCCUGGAGCUUCUGGGCUGAUCACAGACAUGCCCCCGCCCUGAGCUCCUUAAUUGGAAUAUAUAUUCUGAAAAGCAGAUUUUGCAACCUUGGCAGGAACUCAUGCUUCCUUUGAUGUUUUCUAUGAACAUUAAUUAACAGUACUAGGAAUUCAUUAUGCGAUUCCACCCUCCAGCCUUGCCUAGGGAUAGGCAUAAAAGCAGGUGACCCCAUCCCAUUUUAACUCAUCCUGUUUUCAGUGGCGGACCUACAUUUUGGGUGGCCCUAAAGCUUGAACUGUCAUGGAGACCCCUUCUCAACCAAGAAUGAAGUCUAGGUAACCACUGUUCUCGUCUUAAAUGGGGUUGUUCCAUGACAGAUCAGCGCUUAAAAAACCCAAAAAAAACUACUGCAUCUCAGAUCUGGAUUAAAAUUUCUAUACUGGGUUAUCUCACAUGUCAAAGUCAUUGGUGUGAAUAAAUAUUUCCUGUGCAUUAUAGUUCUCAGGUUAUUGGCGGGAUCGAAAUAAUAUACUUCAUUAGUUUCACAUACCCUCCAACAUUACAAUAGAGACAUCCUAAGGGAAAGUGGGACAUUCCGGGAUCAAAUCAGAAACCGGGAUGGCUUCUGUAAAUCCGGGACUGUCCCUGGAAAAUAGGGAGGCUUGGGGGGUCUGGUUUCCUAGUAGAUCUGCCUGAGCUUCUGUCCAAACUUCCACCUUUCUCUUUCCUUUCUCUGUACAGCAUUGACCGAGGAAGAGAUUUCGGCACAAGCCAUUGUGUUCAUUUUUGCGGGAUACGAGGCCACCAGCAAUAUCCUUGGCUACAUGGCAUACGAAUUAGCAACCCACCCGGACGUCCAGCAAAAACUGCAAGCUGAGAUUGACACUGUCCUGCCUAAUAAGGUAUUUAGCAGCGCUCAGGGCCAAGCAGUAGAGGAACCCCUUCCAUCAACCACAUCCAUUAAGCAGCACCUGCCUGUGACCUCUUUUACUAUUAAAAAAGCAGAUAUAAAGUGGCAUUGUAUAAUACAGGGCCUCUGUGCUAGGGAUGUUGGAGGAAUUUGGCACCUGUGAAUUCUGAUGCAAGCUCACCUGGCCGUGGACUGUUUAGUGCAGAUUGGAACGCAAUCUGCCAUCUUUGAGGUUGUGUGGGAAAACGCCCUGGGGUGCCCAUGCAGCCCCCAAACUCUGAGCAUCUUCCGGUAUGCGCAGCUCUGGAAAAGGCAUUUCUCUUCUUCUCCAGUGUGCUUCAGCGACAUAUAUCAAAUGAUAUAUGCACACUAAUCUUCUGGCAAAACACAGCAAGAAGUGUGAGACAUCGUAGAGCUAAUCUACGUAUUUAUUUACACACUAUGUACAGACAAAGGAUUCAUGGUGCCCUUUCUCUCUGAGAGAUGAACAGACAGAAGUAAAAGCAAAAGUAGAGUACAAUAGCUAUUACAUCGGAAGAGAUAAGACUGUCUUCCGUUCCCACACUCUUCCCAGACAGGCAUGUGAUUUACACCAAUCUCAUCUGCAGCUUCGGAGGCAUGACAUGCUAACAGAGGUUUCACGGACUCCAUAUUUUGCAAUGUGUUUCUCGGCUCAGAAACAAAUGGAAAAUCAAUGCACCAAUAUUCAUACAUUCAGUCGACGCAAAGGCAAAAGAAAGAAUUAUGUACCCAAAUUUAAUGAUUUGUUUCAUGAAAUGAAUACCCUACCUGAUUACCUUCCUUUUAAUUAAAAAAACACACACCCUUAGAAGCAGUUUACAAAAGAAAGACAAAAUAUUGGUAAAAACCGUUAAAAGCAACUGUUUUAAAACAUUUUAAAAUAAAAUAAAAUCAGCUAUAAAUGAAAAAAAAAGAUUAAAGGAAAUGGUAGCAUUCUACAUACUACGUAUCUGGGACAGCUUUUCUAAACAAAAAUGUCUUUAGCAGGCACUGAAAAGAGAACAGUGAAUGUACUUACCUGGCUGGACAAUGAGGAGUGGAGGGGGUGGGGGUCCACAUGGAGAACCCCCGAGAGAAGCCUCAGGAGAGAAGGCUCAGAGCCAGGGGAGUGGGACACAGAAGACAGGUCAGAGGAUGAAAGGGGGGCAGAAUAGUUGGAUGCUGAAGAAGCAACAGGCUUGAGUGAGAGAGAAGAAGAGGCAGAAAGCACUGCGGACACAGGACAGGCAGCUGAGGAGGAGGUAGGGACAGAGGUUACAGCAAACUUGUAGGAGCCUGACGGUCCUACUGUAUUCAGCUCCCUUCCUCCCUUGUCUAAGGGCAUAGAGGACCCUGCAUGUAGCAGAACAAAGAGUACAGAGGGUGCAGAGCCCUCCUCCCAAAUCGAGUUUAAGACUGUUGGGAAAACAUCCAGCCAAGGAGGAAGUGGGAGGAACAGAUGGUCAGUUCUGGCAACUGCUUUGCCCGUAGGCUUCUCUGUUUGUAUUCUGUUUCCUUGAACAAGGGACGCGGGUGGUGCUGUGGGUUAAACCAUAGAGCCUAGGACUUGUCAAUCAGAAAGUUGGCGGUUCGAAUCCCUGCGAUGGGGUGAGCUCCCGUUGCUCGGUCCCUGCUCCUGCCAACCUAGCAGUUCGAAAGCACAUCAAAAGUGCAAGUAGAUAAAUAGGUACCAAUCUGGCAGGAAGGUAAACAGCAUUUCCGUGCACUGCUCUGGUUCUCCAGAAGUGGCUUAGUCAUGCUGGCCACAUGACCCGCAAGCUGUACGCCGGCUCCCUCGGCCAAUAAAGUGAAAUGAGUGCCACAACCCCAGAGUCAGUCAUGACUGGACCUAAUGGUCAGGGGUCCCUUUACCUUCCUUGAACAAAGAACCAACUUUACUACUUCUAUCUGAGUUUCUGUGUUGGCCCCAAUGUAGACAGUGACCAACUUUUUAAACAUAACUCUCCCAUCCCUCUCUUUCUCCUUCCCUCCAAAAGGCUCCCAUCACCUAUGAUGCCGUCAUGCAAAUGGAAUACCUUGACAUGGCCACCAGCGAAAUCCUCCGGAUGUACCCAGUUGGUGGGCGAAUCGAAAGAGUGUGCAAGAAAGACGUGGAGUUGAAUGGAAUCACCAUUCCGAAAGGGAUGACGGUUAUGAUUCCACCGAGCAUCUUGCACUACGACCCAGAAUACUGGCCAGAACCCAAAGAAUUUAGACCAGAAAGGUACUGGAUGCAACAACCACCUCCUCCUGCCCCUCUUUGCUUCUAGUCGCCAGGGUGUGUGUAAGGCAAGGACUGGGAAGACUCAGAGGGAAAUCCCCACUUGGCCAUGAAGCUCGCUGGGUGAUCUUGGACCAACCAUGGUCUUCCAGGGUUGUUGUGAGGAUAAAGGUGGAAAGGGAAGAGAGCCAGGAGCAUUGCCCUGAGCUUCUUGGUAGAAGUGAUGAGUAUAAAUAGAACCAUUAACCAUAAGAGGUUGUGCGAGUUUGGGGACAGCAUAAGGGUUCUUGUUUGUGGUUGUGGUUGAGUUACACAAGAACAUGAUAAGAGCAUCUGCUGGAGAAGGCCAGUUUCCCAUCUAGUCCAGCAUCCUGUUCUCCCAGAUGCCCCAAUGGGAAACCCACAAGCAGGAUUUGAGCACAAGAGCAAAUCUCCCCUCCUGUGGUUUACAGCAACUGAUAUAACCUCACAUUGGAUGAACUACUUCUCCUUUAUCAAGGAAGGGGAGCAUGUGAGACCCAUCCAGCAUUGCCAACAGUCAGAGAUGAUGGGAGUUAUAGACCAACAUCCUAAGGACCACACCUUAAACUUCCUCAUCCUUGCCUUGCACCAACCAACGCUUCUGAAGGCAUGGGUUGCAAACCUCCAUCCUUGUUCCCAAGUCUGAGGAGGCAACAACUCCCCCUCUCACACAACUCUGGCCUUUGUCUUUCUCCCUAGCAUCUAGGUGAGGGAGGGUCCCCUCCAACCCUUCUCACCGGCUCAUAUGAGAUCAGCACAAAUAGCUGGGCCUGGGGAGCCCUUAAUGCUCCCAAAGCCAUAGUUAUAGUUAUAAUUCGUGGGUUGCCAUCUGAUUUUAUUCUGAUUUUAAGCUGUAUUUCAACCAAUUGUUUGAUCUUAUGUUUUAAUGUAUUAUAUAUUUGAUGUUAGCCGCCCUGAGCCCGCUGGGGAGGGUGGGAUAUAAAUAAAAAUCAGCAUCAGCAUCAUUAUCAUCUAGCUGGGUUUCCCCAGCCACUCUGGGUGGCUUCCAACUAAAUAUUAAAAAUGCAGUAAAGCUUCCCUAAACAUAGGUGGUACUUAGGUGGCCACUAUCUCACAACCGAACUUCCCUGGCUAGCUCAACAAGCGAAUCCUCCAUUAGCUUGUAACCCUUGCUGGAUCCAGGACCCCAGGAAUUAGAAGGGGCUCGGGCAUCAGGCAGACUUAGCCCCAAGACUCACAACAAUGUAUUUGAGGGAAGAGUGCAUCAAAAUGCUUUCAGCUCCCUGGUUUGGUGGUGCUGGGAGGACAGCAUGAGAGCCUGAUCUGCAGAACUCCUGAGCCCUGCCAGAGACCUGACCGGCAAUGCAGGGGGUCUUUUCUUAAGCCCCUUCACUGCUCAGACGGUUGCAAAUGACGGUUUCUCCUCCCUUCUGUCUGCUAACAGAUUCAGCAAGGAGAAUAAGGAGAGCAUCAACCCUUACAUUUACCUGCCAUUCGGAGCUGGUCCCAGGAACUGCCUUGGGAUGAGGUUUGCUCUCCUUACCGUGAAGGCUGCUAUUGCUAGCCUGAUGCAGAACUUCACCUUCAAGCCCUGCAAGGAGACAAAGGUGAGGCACCGACCCUACCGUCGGGUAGAGGGCAGCAGCUGCCUUGGGCAGCAGCUGCUGGGAGGCUGGGGAAGGACAGGGAGGGUUGUGCACCUGGCCACCCGGCUGCUGAGCUUGGGUGCAGUGGAGGGGCUGCUGUCCGCAUGCCGGUGCUGAAGUCAGAGUCCGUUGCCAGGCCAGGCGGCUUAAUUUGUGGAUGGGGGGUGGCAAGCGGAGGGUGGAUUUUGCCCCAGGCAGAAAAAACUCUUGGGCCAGCUCUGGGACCUGGGACUGAUCUGUGCUGCUGUCUACAAGGGAGACAGCCAAACUGAAUCAGAUGGAGCUUUUCCGCCAUAUGGAAGUGUCAACAGGUUAUGCCUCACCUGCAACACAGGUGGUACUGAGUGUUCCAGAAGAUGCUGCCAUUUCUUCUUAACCCUUUAGUGCUCCUCCCCGACUGAGGGCUUAUCCGCACCUCCCUUUGCUCCACGGCUUUCCCUCGGGGAAACCCAGUCUUUAGCACUGAAUCGGAACAAAGGCAAUCAGAUUUUCUGUGGGCUGCCGCUUGUGCUGAUUUAGUGCUAAAGAGUGGGUUUUCCAGGGGGAAGCCGUGGGGCAAAGGCAAAACCACUCAGACCCAUGCCGUGGGUCAAGUGGAAAACCACACAGACUUGUGCUUCCUGGGCAUGGGAGGUGUGCUCGUAUUUCACUCAAUAUUUGUUAUCUAUGCCUUUCAUCCUUUUGGUGCACCCCAAUGAGGGAAAGCCAGCUGUGGAAGGUUCUUUUCAAGUGCACAUCUGAUGCAGAGACAGAGGCGCCUCAGGAAAAGGCACCUUCAGAUGUCCCUAUGUUGCAGGGGGGACACAUGUCAAGGGUGGGUGGAGCUGAAACCAGUGGCGGGCAAAGCCACAACCCAAAGUGGGUCAGGUUGCCACCUUUUUUCUCUUUCUCCCCCUCUCUCUUUGCCAGGAAGGGACAGAUUACUCUUGCCAGUUGUCAAAACCGAUCCCAAUCAUUUGCAGAGCUGCCAUUUUUUUUUUAAAAAAAGCCAAGGGCUGUGAACAAAAUGGAGAGGACCAUAGGCUGCCAUUUUCUGAUCAUAUGCUGUCCCACGUACUGCUCAACUACACAAACAUGCCUAUUAAUUGGUCAUGGGCAGCAGCCCUCUUAGCUCCAAUGGUGCCUGAAUAGGCUUGCAAAUGCACAGUGUUCAUUUCACACGGGCUGAGAUUGUUAGGAUUGGGAGGUUAUGGCUGCAAGUCCUCUGGCUAUGGGGAAAAACACAUUAUUCCUUUUAGACUACUGCACUCUUGUGAUAAGGGCGUAAACAUGUAGUGGAAGAAAGUUGAAGGGUUUGCGAUAUCUCUGAGUCCAUGCCUCUUCACCAUCCUUAAGAUCUCUCUUGCACCUCCUUUUUCAAAACCCUUCUGUUUUCUGGCCUCUAAAUCCAGUUUCUCCCUCUCAUGUUCCAGAUCCCAAUGGAAUUGGUCUCAAUAGGACUGACAAAGCCCAAAUACCCCAUCAUCUUGCAAGCCGUCUCUAGAACCGGCUCUGCACAGUAGUGGAGUUUUUCCAGCAGAAUCCCAUGACUUCGGCAAUGCUGAGAGAUCUGUGGCCAGCGUAUCGAUCCUUUGGACCAUUCUUCUGGUGAAAUGUGUUUUGGCCUUUAUUUGCACAAACUCUUCCAUCCCUUGCCAUGCGAUGACUUGGACAUCUCAAAUUUUCAUACUUCACAAUUUUCUACUGUGGAUCCAUGAGCACGUGGCUGAGGUUGCAUCGAUGGAAGCUUAGCAACUUAGCAGUGAAAAAAAAAGUGGCAAAGGGUUUCACCUCUGAAAGCAGCAGUUUCCUGAAUAAGUUCUGCUGGCCCUUACAUGUCUAGCUGACUAUCAUCACCCACGUGGCCAGUUCAGAAAGUGUGGCUGUGAUUGCCGGUGUGACUGGCCCAGGGAGCAAAUUCAUUCACUCUUAAUCAGCUGCAUUUGCUUCAAUAAUGUCAGGAUGCAGGAAAAUCAAAUACUUUACAUGGGUCCUUGACUUCCUGGGAUUGCUUUAUGAAGAAAGAAGUCCUAAAUAGGAACAAAAAAAUGUGGUUUGAAGAAGCAGCUGGGGGAAAGGCAGUAACAAGAUGCAAAAUACUCCUAGGGAUCAGGGUCUGCUGUUAUUUUAAGCCCCUUCCUCCUCAAAAGUCCUAGUAGUUUCCACCAAAACUGGAAUCGAUAAACCUUCAAGUAUGUGUGUGUGUUUGUGUGUGUGUGUGUUUUCAGAAAUAAGAUUGUACCAACAAAAAUAAAGAGUAAAGAAACAACGCCA